GCCGUAACUGGAGCGCUAACGGAGCUAUUGUUCUCGGUAAAUUCCUUUCCCCCGCGCUCUCGCGCAUGCCAGUCUCUCGUUCUUUAGGAGAAGAGGCAUGCGCUCGUCCCGCUGCCCCUUUCGCAUUGGCUGAACGGAGACCUCUGGUGUUUUUUUGCUUAUAUUUUUAGCAACGGAGGUCGGACUAAUAUUACAUCGCGCGUGGUUGAAAGUGCUGAUCAUCUGCAGUGCUGCUGAGCGCCGGAGAACCGCAGUGUAUUGCGCUGUGAGCAAAUAACUUGAACGGUCGGGAUCAGCAUAUUGAACGUGUCCUCGAUUACAGCGAAUGGUCUUCAUUAACGAGUUAAAUAGGAAGACAGUUGAAGUUUAAUAGGCUACAAGGGUCUGUCUGUGGAGCGCUGGAUAUCUGAUCUAGGAUAUUAGUGGCCCUCUUGCUGAGAAGCUUUUCGGGAAAUGGCCAGUCCUGGAGACGAUUCGGCUUCAAAUGCCCAGCUGGAACAGCCCGAAUCUGUGGAACCAACCCCUGAACCAGCGUUUCAAGAAGCACAGAAAUGGAUCGAGGCAGUGACAGGAAGAAGUUUCUGUGACAAGGAUUUCAGAAGUGGACUGGAGAACGGCGUUCUGCUCUGCAAGUUGCUGAGUUCAAUCAAACCAGGCCUUGUGAAAAAGAUCAACAGACUUCCAACACCCAUUGCGGGACUAGAUAAUCUGACCUUGUUUCUGAGAGGAUGUGAAGAGCUGGGACUGAAGGGAUCACAGCUAUUCGAUCCUGGAGACUUGCAAGAUACGUCAAUACGAGCAAACUUAACGGGCUCUGACUGCAGUAGAAAGUUGAAGAAUGUGCUCAUUACUAUAUACUGGCUUGGUAAAGCUGCUAACAGUUGUGCAACGUAUAACGGCCCUACACUCAACCUGAAAGAGUUUGAAGGACUCCUUUCCAUGAUGCGAAAGGAGUGUGUAAGUGAAGAUUUGGACUCCCCUAAGCGCAGUAUAAGGGACAGUGGUUACAUAGACAGCUGGGAAUCGGAACGCUCUGAUUCGCUGUCUCCUCCGAGGCAUGGUCGUGAUGAUUCGUUCGACAGCCUCGACUCAUUUGGCACGCGAUCACGGAACACACCCUCCCCAGACACCGUUCUUCGCUGCAACAGUGAUGACUCUGAAGGUGACGGCAGUCACAGGAAGUUGCCAGACGUGCGUAAGGAUGACAUGUCCGCCCGGCGCGUGUCCUUCAAAGAGCCUCGCGCUGCUCUCCCCUUCAACCAGUAUCUGCCCAACAAGAGCAACCAGACCAACUACCUUCCUGCCCCCCUGAGGAAGAGGAGGAGUGAAAGAGAGGAAGACAGGAGGAGUGUGAGCAACUCAACAUCUCCUGUUGGAGAAAGACCUCUGAGAGAGGAGAGUCUAGAAGUAUUAAAAGAGGGUGCUGUCAUGUCUCAAAGCCAUGUGCUACAGAAAACAAUCAACUGGGAAGGUGAGAAAGGGGUGGAGCUUGAGGAGGCAGAUCUCAAUAAAAUGAGGAAGCUGAAAAAGGCGGGUAUUAAAGUAUUACCCGCCUCUGUGCGAUACAACAGUCCAAAUGUCAUUGCUGAGGAGUCUAAUAAAGCUAAACCACCUUCCCCUGACAUCAUUCUUCGGCGUGACAAUGACUUCCUGCGUGCUGCCGCCCCACAUGAGUGGGACUCAAACGAGGAAGAUGAGGAUGAAGAGGGAGAGAGGAAGGUUCCAGAUGUCCAAAAGGAUGAUCUUGCUUCUCGCAGAGCACGCAUUAAUCAAUUCAAACCCAGUGUGACGCAUUACUUCUUGCCAGGCUCUUGUAGCUGGAAGGACCGAGAGAAAUGGGAGGGAAUCAGGCUGGCAUCCCAGCAUGCAGUAUUGGAGAGGUUGGAGAAGAUGGAACAGGAGAAAAGGAGUCUGGCUGACUCCACCUCCUCUGAGGUGUCAAUCAUAACUCGAAAGGACAAUCCUUUCCUGAACCCUGAAAAAGAAAGGGAAAAAGAGGGGGAUGAGGAAGAUGAGAGAGAGCUAGAGAGGAGGAUAGUUAUCCCAAACCCACACAAAGAUGAUCUAGCAAGGAGGCGAGCUGGGCGAGGGCCAUGCCCUCCCAAAGAUCCUCAUCAAUCAUUGGUCCAGACUUCCAUCACUCAGUCUGACCUGGAGAAGUGGCAGAGACUCAAGAUGAAUACAGAGAGCAGUGAGGCUGGCUCCAUCCUUGCUGAAGUGUCAAUCAUAACUCGCAAAGACAACCCUUUCCUGUGCCCUGAGAAAGACAGUGGAAGUGAGGAGGAGAAGGAGAAAGGGCCAGUCAGAGAGGAUGGGGGGAGGGUGGUGAUGCCUAAUGUAAUGAAAGAUGACCUGGCCAGAAGGCGGAGCCAAAGUGGGCCCACCCCACAAAGAGAUCCUCGGCAGUCAUUGCUUCAAACAACAAUCACUCAGUCAGACCUGGAGAAGUGGCAGAGACUCAAGAUGAAUACAGAGAGCAGCGAUGAGCCCAUUGUCCCUCUGUGUCAGACGUGUCUUGAGAAAGGCUGCCUCUCUAUCGCCUCCAAUGCGAAGGUUGCCAAGAACGACCUGGCUGGUUGCCGGGAACGUUCCUCCGGUGAACGGCGGCGUAUUGUGACAUUUGGGGGUGUGACAGAGAUGGAGAAUACAUCCUGGCAAGAGGAGGAUGAGGAAAGGGGAGAGGGGAAUGAGGCAGAGAAGCUUCGAUACCUCCUCUCGAUGGCACCUGUUGCCGUGCCCACUAUAGGGCUGGGCUCCAGACUAACAAAGAGAGCAGUGGGCAGUGAUGCAAACCCAGAACCUGCUGUAGUCAUGCCCUCCGAACCCCCAAACCCUGUCAUGUUUGACCUUAAACAGUCUGUGACCUCUACGGAGGAGGAGCUGGCUGAGAAAUCAAAGGAUGAGAGAGAAUAUGAUGAAGAUGAGGAAAGGGAACCGGAUGUCGAAAAAGAUGACAUGCUGGCUCGUAGGACAGGAGCAUUUCAGAAGGCAGCAAAAGGGACGACCUAUAACCGAUUCCUCCCGCAGCCAGGAUCCAAUAGAGAGGGCACUAUAGGGGCUUCCCUAUCCCAGAAAGGAAGUAUUCAGAUCGACAUGAGUGGAGAAUGUGACCUGCAAUACCUGGAAAGAAAUAUAAAGACAAAGAGAACCAAGAUUGGACAGAGAAAUGAACCAGCUGAACAACUUCCAAAGACACCAGUUCCAGUUUCUGUAGUUGCCCAAAAGAUCCCUGACAUUGUACACACAACUGCUACCAAUGUUGAUUGCUGUGGCAGUUAUGAUGAUUAUGAAGAGUGUGGGGAUGAAGGCCCACUGCCAGACAUUGACAAGGAUGACAUGCUCACUCGAAGAACUGAAGCUCACCAAAAGCCAAAUGGGGGGACAGGACAGCCUUUUAAUGCAUUUUUGCCCAAACUUGGUGCUGUCAAACACAAAAACACCCCUGCCAGUGGAUUCCAGCAGUCAUACCUCAACCCUAAAGAGCAAGAGAAAGUUCCGGCUUUGGACAGCUUCACCCUUAGCUCUGUGGCCCCGCCCCCAAGAGAUGCUGAGGACACGCCUAGGAAGUGCCCUCAGUUGAUGGACAGGCAAGAGACGGGCUCUGUGGGUGUGGUGGGACAGGAAAGUCUUAUUAAAAAUGAGACUAUUACCAAAAGCUCCUCCCCCAAACCUGACCGAGCCUCACGUCGGCCCCAUUGGCAGGAAGAUGAUGAUCUCCCCCCAAUAUUCAGAGCUACUAGUGUUUCUGAUGAAACAGAGAGUACGAGUUUGAUUGACAUGCGUGAUGAAGAAGAGCUGGCCUACCUCCGACAGCACAGCCAAUCACGACAUGAGCGCCUACACAACCAGUACAACAAACACAAAGAGGAGGAGGACCAGUGGCAAGAUGAUUUGGCUCGCUGGAAGAAUCGGAGGCGAAGUGCCUCUCAGGAUCUGAUCAGAAAAGAGAAAGAGAGGAAAAUGAUGGAGAAGUUGAUGACAACAGAUGGAGGAUCUGGCCAUCGCAAGAAGAGCAUCAAAACAUACAAAGAGAUUGUAGAGGAGAAAGAGCGUAGAGAACAGGAGCUACAUGAACAGUACUCCAAGGCCUCCACCCCAGAAGAGAAAGCAGCAGUGCUUCAACGCUACGCUCUCCGAUUCACCAUCAGCGAUGCCAUACUGGAGAAACUCCAGCUCCCCAAACUGCCUUCUGCUGCCACGCCAAUCCACACUUCUCCUCUCCACCAGCAUGUGAAGCAGAGCACAUGCCCUGCCCCAGUAGAACCAGAAGCUCCAGAAGCUCCAGAGCCUACACAAACCACCCAAACACAGCACAGUGUCCUUGCUGACCAGCAGAUUGUACAAAAUCAGACACCGGGACAGCCCAAGAGCCCUGAACCAUCACCUACAAAGACCACCAAAACUCCAGAAAUUCCAUCAGCACCCAUACGUCCCCUUGUCUGCUCAAAGCCUGUUCCUCUAAUCACCCCAAAACCCUACAGCCAGCCCAGACUCAGCCAGGGCCCCCACAAAACACUGAAGACUGAUGGGCUGGUGCGUGUGAAUGGGGAGAGCACUCAAGAGGAGAGAAGAGACCGUGCAGCUGGAGUGUCUCUAAUACAUCCUGUCUCCUUCUCUUCCUCGCCUCCAAAGUCAGCCACUCAGACUCAACAAAUUGAGGAUCUAGCUGUGUUAGAAACCUCACACCACCAGCAAAACACACAGACAUCUCUUCCUGACCAGGAGAAAAAGGUCAUAAUGAAGGAAAAAGAAUGUUCUCUAAGCAUUCACAAAGAGAAUAGCAAAGAAGAGACCUCAACUACACUACAGUCAGAACCAGCAGAAAAACAGUCAAUGCCUGAUAUGAUGGUGAAGCGCAGCUGUGUUGUCACAACAACUAUUGUGACAGAACUCACACAGACACACCCCGUCCAACAAAAUGACACCUCUAUUGCAGACCAGAUUUGUGGUUCAGUCCAGAAUUCAUUUGAUCUGAGCACAUCUAUCGAGUCCAGCAAGGCUGACCAGACUUCAUACUCACUCUCAAUGACAGAGGGGACUGACUAUUCCAUUGAAUGUAUUGAAACCCCAAUGUUGAACCUUGCGAAAAGGGUUGACCAUUGGACAUGGGAUCCUAAUGAAGAACGCAGGCGGCAGGAGAGAUGGCAACAAGAGCAGGAACGCCUGCUGCAGGAGAAAUACCAGAGAGAGCAAGAGAAGCUGAAGGAGGAGUGGGAGAGAGCACAGAAAGAAGUGGAAGAGGAGGAGAGGAGAUACCAUGAAGAGGAGAAAAGGAUUCUGGAGGAAACCGUGACCCCACUGACCCCUCACUCCUCAGUUUUACCCUCCAGAAGUGUGACUGAGGCCCCCUCCCUCAGCCAGCCACCACAUGACACCAUUGUCCUUUCAUUGGCCGACUGGGAAAGGAAACAGGAAAUGCUGGAGAGACAAGCACAGACGAACCAGAGUAACGGACUGACACACAGCCCUGAUGAAGUAAUCACACCAGCUCAGCAAAACGGCCAGAGAACUGAACCACAGGAGAGCCAAACAGCUACACCACAACUGCAGUUUAUACAAGAUGGAUCAUGGAACUGUAAGUCUAAAGGCAGACAAGAGGAUCUGAAGAAAACUGCCUCACUGGACCGUAAACAGAGUCCACCCCAGAGCCAGACCACAGGGAUGAGGAGGACUGGGUCGUGUGAAAAUGUUUUAGGAACACAAUCAUCCAAAUCACCUUCACCAUCACAAGACACGCUGCCUCCAUCCCCCAGCAGGUCGGUAAGUGGAAAAAAGCUCUGCUCUAGUUGUGCGCAUCCUUUGGGCAAAGGAGCAGCUAUGAUCAUUGAAACCUUGGGGCUGUACUUUCAUAUUCAGUGUUUUAAGUGUGGCAUAUGUAAAGGGUUACUUGGCGACACAAGUGCCGGAACUGAUGUCAGAAUUCGAAAUGGACUUCUUAAUUGUCAAGAAUGCUACAUAAAGUCACGGGCUGCUGGCCAGCCAACAACAUUGUGAUGCCUCUGCAGUCCUGAUGAACAACUGUAUCCAAAAUCAAGUUGAACCAAGCCAGGAACCAAGAAGAAAGAUUUAUAUGUUUAUACGUUUCCAACAUUGUUCCUUAAGGCACAAUCAUGCAUAGACAUAACGUCAAUACUGGAAUUAUGAGUACAACCGAUUUUAUUCUGGACUCCGUAAAGCAAAGACAGUUUUUGUGCUUGUUGGAGUAUGUUAUUAUCACAUACAUGGUAAAAAGCCCAUAAAAUAUUACAGCGGGUUAAUACUAUAAUAGUAGUUGCUUGUUCAUGUUCAUUUGUUUUAGACUUUAGAAUAAGAAGUAUUACAGUAGUUGCACUUUACCUCACAGUGUCUAUGUUACAUACAUUACGUAUUUAUGUAAUUUUGUUAGCAAUAACAAUAGUGUAAUUAAAAGCUUGUCCAAAAAUUAGACUAAAUAUUGUCAACAUUUUGGUCAUGAGUAUUACCAGUGACAGUCUAGGAGGAGGAAACGGUGCACUAGAAAAAUUAUUGGGAGAAACUGCUUCACUCAGUAUAGCGGAAGUCUGGAAGUCCAGAAAUGGAAGUCCUGCCUUUCAGUUUAAAGAGCCAGUUGCCUUUUUGAUAGUUUGUUUACAGAGAGUGCAUGCACAUUAACUUGACCAGACCAUUUCUUUAAGUGAUUUGAAGAAAAUGUAGUAUACCAUUUUUGUCCAUGGGGUGGGGGGUAGGGGGAUUUAUUUACUUAUGUAAAUACGCAGUAACAUGGGCACUGUAAUGUAGAGUGUGACUAAACUGUUCAUUACUAUUGUGAGGAAUCUGGAACAUGAAGAAGUGCAUCAAGUUUUUCCAUCCAAAAAAUCUUGAUUCAACUAAUUCUGUGUUUCUUAAGGGAAGCAUGUACACAGAGAUCAGCAGAGGACCUAAUACAGAGCCUUGUGGCACUCCAUAUUUGAGUUAUAGUUCCUUAUUUACACAAAGUGGUAGUGGUCAGAUAAUAUUAUUCUUUUAAUAAUAUAUAAUCUCAGUUUUUUUUCUCAGAAGGUCUUUCACAUUAUUCGGUCAGAAACUCUAUGUAAUUCUACAUAUGAACACAUGGUUUGCAAAACUUUGGUCUGGCAGAUUUGUCCUGAUGCCUUAACUGACAAUAUGAAAUAAAAACAGAUAAGACUGACCAUCACUUUUAUUUGUGGUUUGAAAAAAUGUCUUGAACUAGAAUAGUUUUGAUUUAAAUGUUCUGUUCCUUUUUCCAUUUUGCAUUGCCUGUUUUUCUCGUUUGAUCAGUGAGGGGUUUGAUACUUUAGUUGUGCAGUAUUGUUUAAGAGCCCAUGUAGAGAGCAUGUUAUGUCAUGGCUCAUUUAGCUAGUGGGUAUAUCUUUACAUUUCCAUUAGAUUAUUUUUCUUUCUGUUAUUAUUAUUUAAAGAUUUUGCUCUACAUUUGAAUGGCAAGAAGAUUGCAUGAUCCCUGAAACUUUCCUUGGUCACAUUUUACAUUACAGUGUCCAUGUAACACAUAUUAUAUAAUACUAAAAUUAAUAAUAUUAACAAUGUGCAGUUACAAACAGCUCUACGUAUGCAGAGUACAUGUUGUUUAUAAAUAAGAUAUGUUAGUACUGUAACGUGAACAAUUUAAUGCAAAGUGUAACCCUUCUAGCUUUUGAAAACAUUCAGUUAAAAUUGGUUUUAUUUUAUUUUUUGUUGCCUUUGCUCUCUUAACUGCAAUGUUGUGCCUUAGAAAUGUGCUCCUAGUGUCUAGUGUUGACCACCCUUGCAUCCAAAGCUUCAAUUUACCCAUGUAAAUUGAUAAGAGUAUUAUGCAUAUGCACUGAGCACUCUGCUUUUACCCUGGUACUUUAUUCAGUAACUCUUUGAGUGAACAAGAGAUUUCAAAUGAAAGCCCGACCUCUGUAUGUGAGCUUUUUAGUCAUUUCAUGUGCAUUUCAAGAUUAAAAAAUCGUUAAACAUCCAUAUUUGUUUAGCUCUAAAGCAACUGAAAAGAUCUUCAUAUUCAAUGGAAUAUUCAUGCCACUAAGGAAGAUUAUAUUCAACAACAUCGGCAAAUAACUCCUGUUUUUUAACUCCUGCUUUUGCUUUCUGUUAAUAUUUGAGAUUUAGAAGACAUUGUCAUUUACAUUUGGGGGAUUUUGACAAUUGCCUGUAUAUCAUUUGUUUUAUUUAUGUGACAUUUAAGAAUAUGAACUGAAACUAGAGCAACAGUAAGGCAAUAAUUUCUUGAAAGAGUAGCCAAGGAGUGAGUGUGUGACAAAUACCUUCGUAUUCUAUAUUUAUUAUACCCUUUGAAAAUGAGUGACAUAAGACAACCUACAAGAUGCUGAAAUGCAAUGGCUUUUAUAGCAAGUGUAUGUUUUUAAAUAAACUAUAAUAAACUAUUUUAAAUG